ACCAACCAACAGGAGGCCUGACCCUAUAGAUAUUACAUCUGUGGAACUACAAAUCCCAGCAGUCCCGACUCCCGCCCCCUCUAGAGAGCAGAGCCGUCCACAGGAGAUCCCGCGGCCUGGUCAUGCACGGGUUAACAGUCCUCCGCCUGUCAGUGUGAGCUCCCGGCAUGCUUUGCUCUCUUGGCAACAUGGCGGCGCCCAGUGACCGGCAGCCUUCCAAUCCUCUCAGCGGGUUCCCGUUCGCUAUCCCGGGGGUGAAGCAGGAUGGGGGCGGCAAGGAGGGAGAGGCAAAGCCCAAAAAGCCGUGCCGGGCGUGUAUGGACUUCAAGAGCUGGAUGAGGGAGCAGAGGCGACACAGCGCGGCCUCCGAGGAAGUUGAGGAUAAGGAGCGCCCGGCUGAGUGUCCACUAGAUCGAGAAGCGCUUGGCCGCAGUACCUGGUCCUUCCUGCACACCAUGGCGGCCUAUUACCCCGACCUCCCCUCCAACAAACAGCAGCUAGAAAUGAAAAGCUUCAUUAAUAUCUUCUCCAGGUUUUAUCCCUGCGAAGAAUGUGCGGAGGAUCUGAGAGACAGGCUCUCGCAUACGCAGCCGGACACCAGUAGCAGACACAACCUGUCGCAGUGGAUGUGCGGGCUACACAAUGACGUCAAUAGGAAGCUGGGCAAGGAUGAAUUUGACUGCUCCAAAGUGGAUGAGCGAUGGCGAGACGGCUGGAAGGACGGGUCCUGUGACUGAUGCGCCGCUUACCUCUUGUUUGUUUUUGUCUAUUUUCAUACUUUUGGUGGAAUUUGUAAGAAGACGUGGACGUGGGAUUCCAUUUUACAUCGGGAAGGUUCAGAUUAUUCGAUAUUUCUUUGUGUUUUCUCAAUCUGCUUGUGACGGCCGCACACACAGGGGCUUAUUCCUAAAUGACGAUAAUUGUACCCUAUAUACUACUGAGUGGAAAUGUCAUAGAGUGACUUCUCCAUGCGCCAGAAAAUCACUUUGGUAAGCGGUCGGCCGUCCAAGACAGAUGAUCGUUUUUCCAUUGCGGGGGGGUGGACAUUGCUAUUUCCCCUACAUACAUGACACGAGCCGCCGCGGUUUAUGAAUUGGUUUAGUGGCUGCGUGAUUUUGCCAGAAAACAGCUGUGUUACCUGCAAAGCCACUGAGUGAAUUUGCAGUAAAUCAUGUGACCACUGACGCAUUUCAGCCGUGUCAGUGCCGCCACAGGUGGCCCUAAGAAUGCAAUGAUCCUGAGCACCAGGGCAGGUCCCAUUAUGGUAGAUUUUGCUGACUGUCCCAGUCAUCUGAAUGAGGCUUGCAGAAAUCCAUGUACAUGCUCCCGAGGCGAGGUCAUGCAUAUUUUUUGGUCGCCCAAAUUUCUGUCAUUUGAUGAUCAUAGAAGCAGGUCCACGGGAGUCUGAACCUCCGCCAUUUUCAUAAAAGACCAAGUGUAAAUUCCUGAAUUUUUAUUUUAUUUAUUUUUUCCAAAUUUUUUAGCGACCCUUUGGAAAAUGAACGGAAGACCUAAUUAGUUGCUCUAGACUACUCCAUUGUUGCUUUGCAUCGGUUCUGAUACAUAUCUCCCUUAUAUUUUUAAGUGGUAACCUGACCCUCAGUGCACAUGUGUUGGGGUAACGGAGGGCCCCCUCCCCCAUCAUAUGAAUACAUUUUCUGAUUAAGACGAGAAGCGCACAUCUUAGUGUGAGUAUUGGAGCUGCAAAUCCCGGGCCGACCCGAGUUAAAGGGGUUAUUCUAGUUUCAUGAAACUGAUGAUCAGUCCUCAGGAUAGGUCAUCACUUUCAGAGUGGUGAAGGUCUAACGCUCUGCACCUCCCCCCCACUGAUCAGCUGAAGGGGCUGCGGUGCUAGUGUGAGAGUUGCGUCCUCUUCGGUAUUUACCUGCACACCGUCUACGGCAGGCAUCCUCAAACUGCGGCCCUCCAGCUGCUGUGAAACUCCAACUCCCACAAUGCCCUGCUGUAGGCUGAUACCUGAAGGCUGUCUGGGCAUGCUGGGAUUUGUAGUUUUGCAACAGCUGGAGGGCCGCAGUUUAAGGAUGCUUGCUCUAUGGUGUAGUGGCAGUGGAAUGUAAUUACAGCUGUUCAACAGGAGAGGAAGCUGUAAUUGCUGCACCACCGCUACCAUGUAGACGGCAUGCAGGUUACCAUUGAAGUGAAUGAAGCUCUGGCGCUAGCACAGCAGCGUCUUCAACCAGGUGACCGGCGGGAGUGCCAAGAGUCGGACCGCCACCGAUCUGAAAUAGGAUAGGUCAUCGAUAUCACAUAACCAGAAUACCCCUCUGACAGCGUCGUAGAGAUCUAAUAUGCUGUAACCUGUAAUGGUCAUUAGACCGGUGUAGUGUGGACUAGAAUAUUGAUGUCCCAUCGACAGGAUAAGUCAUCAAUAUCCUGGCACUACCGCCAAAUCAACUUUUCCUAGGCCAAUGAGGUCAUGUCCCGUUUAAGUGAAUGGGCCUGAGCUGCAGUACCAAGCACAGUCACUAUACAAUGUGUGGCGCUGUUCUUGGUAAGCUGUGAGGAGGCCGCAGUAUUUACCGGAGCUCCGCGGCCUCUACAAACAGCGGAUCAGUGGGGGUUUCAGGUUUUGAACAUCCACUGGUUCGAGAUUGAUAAGUUAUCUAUAUUUUACUGCUAGAAGACCCCUUUAAGGCUCAGUUCACAUCUUGUUUUUUGGGUGUAUACGCCCACAAAUUGGCAAAAACAUUGAGUUCAGCACACGUUAGACAUAAGAAAAAACACGCACCGGCGCAUGUUGUGACCCUUUUUGUUUUCUAUGUGCCCUUCAGACCUACAUGAGAAAUGCAAUGUGAACUGAACCCAGUACGGGCGGUGAAACGCACCGCGCUACAGUUGUCUGAAUGAGGCCUAAUACUGCCCCCUAAGGUAGGGCCUGGUGCACUACAACCGCUCCCGAGCCUAAAUGGUGUCGGAGCCUCUUUAAGCCUAUGGGUCUUGUCUGACAGUCCAGUUGCUAGGGAUACUCUGCCUGACAACCAGUCUGCCUCAUGUCAUGCAGGGCUUCAGCUCAAGGCAAAAUUGGUUUUAAAUUGAGGCGACCAAGCAAGACUUUAUUAAUUGCAAACCCGGUCUAUAUAAGAAUACUGAAGAAACGGGUCAUCCCGUAUUCAGCAGCACGCGUGUGAGCACGAAGACCGGGCCUACACUGGGAAUGUACAGCCAAGAUGGCGGCUGCCGAGGUUGCUGUGUGUUCAGGCCUUCAAUGCAGCGACUGCGCCCGACUGACUCUGCUAUAUCUCUGUAUCCAAUGUAGUUUCCUUCCUGGUGGUUUUGAUGCUUGUAGUUGAUAAUCUUUCUCUAUCUGACAUAAGCUUUCCAUGCACUGACUUCUUGGUGAGCUCGUGAUGAUGCUUGUACACAACAGCCAGUCUGAAUGAGGAUAGCUGCAGUGUAAAGCAUGGGGGGAGGAGCAGAGCUGGUGUUCAGGCAGUGAUUCCAUGCUGGAGCCACUGAUCAUGGGAUAUUCCCAUCAUAUAAAGUGAUGAGGCCCCAGCCCCCAUCUCUGCACAGCUGGUUGGCUCGCCAUCACUUUUUAAGAUGGGAAUACCCCUUUAAAUACUGCCAUAAGAUGAGCAUUACCCAAACGUUAGGCCUCAUGCACACAGCCGUUCCGUGCAUUGGGGACUGCAAUUUGCAGUUCCCAAAAGAACGGGCAACAUCCGCGCGGUUUCUGCAGACGGCUCCAGACUCAUUCAACACGAAUAGGUUCGUGAUCCGUCCGCACCACAAAAAAAAUGAUUUUCUUUGCAAUGCGGAGGCACGGAGGGAAUCUCCAUGGAGGUUCCGUGCCUCCGUUCCGCAUCGGACCUUCUGGAUUGCAGACCUAUUCAAGCCGGGAUGCGGUGAGCACACAGCAUAUUGCGGACCCGCUGCUUGUGGGCCACAAUACGGGUACGGCCGGGCAGCGGCAUGAGGUCUCCGUCAUACAGUUUGUGAUAAUUUCACUGGAUUUACUGCUCGUGCCUUUCCCUCAGCUCUACUGAUAUAAGCCCAUAUAGAUGUAUGUAUGAUCUGUAUUCUGCAGGCUUUUAUAGCGGCACUCCGGCCAUAUUUUCUACGAGUGCCGCCAUUUGCAAUGAUCUAUUUUCAUGUGCUGCUACCUGGUGCGUGUUUGAUACUUUGUUUUAUGGAAAAAAUGUGACGCGACUUAAUAAAAUCUGGGAUCAAUU